AUGGUAUGUCAUGGAACUAAAAAACGAGUUCAGACCAACGGAUCGAAUCCACACUGCGGUCUUGGAGCAUGUGGAGUGAGCCGAUGGGCUCUUGUCAUGAAGAUUGACGGCUCAAAGGGAACCUUUCACUAUUAUGCAGACCUUUGGAGCAGCAACGAAACAUUUAAUGUUGCAGGAGGGCAGACCGUAUUUGACACACAAGAGACCAAACUGACUACCUAUUGGGACACACCCUUUACCAAGAUCUGUCUCGGAAUGAAAAUCCACGGCGAGGAAAAUAUCAAUUUUCUCGUCGUAAACCGUGCAGCUGACUCUUUGUACUCGCUGAUCGCUGACGGACAACAUCGCGCUACGUCACUGGGUCGGGACACUUGGAAGACGCUGAUUGGCUCUCGAGCCUCCUUACAGCAGAACUGCAACAUGGAAGGUUUCAACGCCGUUUGUUCUAUACAAUCUCACAGCAAAGUAAGGAUCGGUAUUCUUGCCAACAAUGAAAAUGAUUGCAAGUUGUGUGAUUCCAGAAUUGGGUUUGGUACAGAAGGAUAUCCUGAUGUUUCAAACACUUGUGGAAACGUGGCAAAACACUCACCAGAUAAUGGAGACAAGUACAUUGAGGCGAUGGGUUACAUUUUUAUCACUAAGGCGUAGAUUCCUUCUUUAAACCUCGCUCAUCUAGUUUGCCAGCGUUAUAAAGUAGUUUUUAAUGUAAGGCCACUGACAUUGUGGUCUCUAGAUCCUUAAAAUAUCAGUUACAUAACCAGGUAGCUACUACGAUCCUACCAACAAUAGUCAAGCAUAUUAGCACACGUUCCCAUUCUCUACACUACUUCGUGAUUACAAACAUAGGUAUCUCUUUGCAGACCAUAGUCGAGUUUUUUCUAGAUCUAUCUAGGUAAGUGCAUGGUUGCCUACUUAACUAUUUGCCUAUUUGCCAGUCGCUUUCCUAGAGUAUCAAAGAAACAAAGCGUCCAGCAAAUAACAUUCCUUAAAA